UGAAUGACUUUUGCGUUCGUUCUGAGUUCUGACAGUUAAAAUUCUGGUUAAAAUCUGAGGUGUAGUCUCUGGUGCAGAUUGAUUAAUUUAUUUUGAACUUAUUAUUAUUUUGUUUUGUUGUUGAAGUAUUUCCAUAGGAACCCUGCAAAAACUAAUAUGUCUAAAAAUUCAAUAAGUUUGGACAUCGAUCCUUCAAUUAUGGAGAAAAAUAUGAGAAUAGUCAAGGAAACUCCCGCUGAAGAGACAUUUAAUAAGCUACUAUCUUCAGUAGACCCAAUUCCUACAAGACUAGUUAAACCAACUCCAGGAUUUUGUGUGAAAACAUUCACUAAGCCUGAUAAUGCGAAGGUAUUCAUAAAUAUAUGUUUAACUGACGCUAUACCCUGCCCUAGAGACAUCAGCAAUGAUGAACUCAUGCAAAUACUGAGCUCGCAAGAUCCAUCUAGUUAUAAAGUGCCUAUGAGUAUAGGAGAAGGUCGUACGGAACUGGACAAGUCCGGGGCUCCAGCCACAGCAUAUGAUGUAGCCAUUAACCCUGAAUUCAUGAAGAAAAUAGAGAAAGAUGAACUAUUUCAAACAUUCUUUCUAACUGUAGUAUUUGAAGGGCUGCAAGAUAAAUAUCAAUUUGAAAUAGAUUUGCAAAAGUACACUAUUCUAAAGAAUAGAAAGUCCAUUGGUGUUCUGCAGUCUCAUAGGAUACAAAUUAGGGAUAUUCAGGCUAUGGAGAAUGCAGCAUCAAAAACAAAGCUCAUUCAAGAGAUAGAUGAGAAAACAGCUGCAAAAUUAAAUACACAGAAUAGGAAGUGGGUAAUUGUCCACAGGUUGAGACGGGAACCACCUACUGGCGAGAUUGAAUACUUGUUAGCAGAAUUUAAAAUACCUUCUUCUGUGCAAUUAAAAGAUCUUAAUUUAGAAAUUGGUGAAGAUAGACUGAUAUUAGGUUCUAAAGGCAUUUAUGAACAGAUAGAUUUUUUCUUACCAUGUAGCGUGGAUCAGGAUAUAAUAGACGCCCAAUUAGAUAGGAAUAAUGAUAUGCUAAGCGUGAAAAUGCCAGUGAUACAAUAAGGACUGCUUAUGCUCUGUGCUCAUUUUGGAAGUAAAUGCAUGAUUUGCAAGUGGAAGUUGAAGCUUGUCAAAACACAUAUGCUGCUGUGCAUUAUUAUUCCUUUUCGGUAAUUCAAUAAAUACAACAAUUCAAUUGAUUUGUUUAUUAAUUUCAAAUUAAUAAAUGUGGAUUAUUAUGA